UGUGUUAGUGUUUGUGGAUGAGUACAUGGUCAAUUUCAAGGCUUGACAAUCUGUAAAGUUGACAGCGGGAAAUGAGAAAUGCAGCAGGUGUCGUCUGAGCAUAAUGCAAUGUAUCACCAGUGUUGUUGGGGUUAUUUCCAUUUCAACAACAAAAGUUCACUAAAUUAAUCGUAAUUCAAUUCCUCAAUUGAAAAUCCAUAUGGAUUAAUUUAAUUGAAUUGCCUUUUCAAUUCCUGAUAUGAACUUUCCAGAAUUGACAGAAUCUAAAUGGUUAUUGAGUGAGAGAGCGAGAGAGAGAGAGCUGAGAGAGAGAGAGAGAGAGAGAGCUGAGAGAGAGAGAGAGAGAGAGAGAGAGAUGUGUUAACACACUCCCCUGAGUAAAUCUCCCAAUCUGAUCAGUGUAUGUGGUGAGGUGGAUUAGCUAACUGACCAACGGAACAGGAGCAGGACACACAGGUUCUCAGGUGCUUUCCACAACAAACCUGGUUCUCCCACACCAUAAAAUAAGAAACUUUCAGAGGUAUCAGACCACAGAGCUAUUGGAAAAUAGCUUUUCUGGGACAUGCUGCUUUUAAUUCAAAAGAGUUAAACUUACUCACAUCAGACAGGUUGAAGUCUAUUUCUUCAACCUCAAACCAUAACUCAAAGAGUGCUGAAAAUGGGACACAAGUGCACCUCUAAACCCUCGUCGUUACAAACACUCAUCCUCUCCACCAUCCUCCUCUUCAUCUCCCCUACCGCUGCCAUGCCAGGGCCUGACUAUGGAGGCCACCCGCGGUUCAUCUGCAUUCCCGUCCCUGCCGAUACCGACCCUGCCUGCUUCCCCUCUGGGGGGCCAGUCAUGGGGCCUAGCGGGGCAGGGCACCACACGCCUCCUGUAGGGCCCCCGAACAAUAAUGGCUGGUGGGGAAUGACAGAGGAGGCUAAAACCACUAUUUUACACCUGAGAGAAAGCCUGGUGCAGCAGAAAGAGACCAUCCUGGAUAUGAGAGAGACCAUCAGGGAGCUAACCGCCAAGCUCACCCUGUGUGAGGGCUCUGGGCCAGGCAUUGGGGGUCACAACGACCACCAUGAACCUCCAUCUCAUCACGGAGGGGCUGUCAGCCAUCUGCCUUACGCUGACAACGGGCACCAUGGCAACCAGCAGGGUCACCAUGGAAACAACAACCAUGCCUUGGAUGCAGCCGGACACUACCCUGGGAAUGGGGAGCACCGGUCGGACAGUGGGCAUAACAACAGGGGGAAGGAUAAACACGCAACACCAGAGGAUAUGAUAUCAUCAAAAUCUCCGGAGGAACUGGGCAGGAUGCUGCAGGCCCUUAAAGAGAGAAUGGAUAACCUGCAGCAGUCAAGGAACACCUCCACCACCUACUCCAGCUCUCUGAAGGAGCUCCUCCAGAGGAAGAUCAGUGCUCUGGAGCAGCAGAUGCACCACACCGCUGCUGCCCUCAGCAGCAGCCCCAAUCACCAUGACGACAGCGAUCACCACGAUGACGGGCACCAUGAAGACCACGACGAUGAUGGGCAUCACGACGACAGUCACCAUGACGACCACCCCGAUGAUCACCAUGACAAUGGGCAACACGACAACGAGGCAGAUAGCCAUGGUUACCUGCAGAGAACGGGUUAUCACAUACCAGGGCCCAGGGCUGGCCUGCACUCCAACAACAAACUGGACUCUCUACUGAAUAACCUACACCACACAGGUACCAACAGCAGGAAGAAGACCAAGAACCCUGAUACCUUCCAGAUCGGUUUCCCCAUGAGAACCAACUACAUGCACGGGAAAGUGAAGACGACCCUCCUCCACGAGAUCUUUGCCCUCACCCUGUGUCUGUGGAUAAAGGGGGGCGCAGGCCCCGGGCUGGGGACCCCCUUCUCCUACUCUGUACCAGGACAGGCCAACGAACUGGUGCUGAUCGAGUGGGGCAACAACCCCAUGGAGCUGUUGGUGGAUGACAAGGCAGUGACUCUGCCCCUUUCUAUCAGCGAUGGAAAGUGGCACCAUGUGUGUGUGACGUGGUCGACGAGGGACGGUGAGUGGGAGGCGUACCAGGACGGGGUGAAGAGGGGCUCUGGGGAGAACCUGUCCGCAUGGCAUCCCAUCAAACCUGGAGGGGUCUUCAUCCUCGGACAGGAACAGGACACUCUGGGAGGUCGUUUCGACGCCACGCAGGCAUUUAUGGGGGACAUCUCUGACCUCCAGAUGUGGGCUAAUGUCCUCACGGCCCAUGACAUCUACAGCCUGGCCUCCUGCAACAGCCACCUCAGCGGGGACGUCAUCACCUGGUCCGAGAACGUGGUGGAGCUCCACGGAGGGGUCACCAAGUACCCCUUCGACCCCUGUCACUAAGGGCAACCAACUAUUAUGACAUUACCAAUGGAUCCAUAUCACACACAUACUUAAAAGUACUCCUAUCGAAGAAGGAUUUUUUUCCGAUCCAGAGGGGGUAUGAGAUCAUACAGGAUCGAGAAUCCACUCCACUUAAUAUUACCACCUGACUAAAACUAUGCCUUCCUUUUAGUCUGAAAGACGGUAGACCCCCAUUCCCAGAAACUGUGUUAUGACUAUUAUGGAAUUAAAUGUUUUGAUAAUGAAAUGGACUAUACUGUAUAUACAGUGCCUUCAGAAAGUAUUCAUACCCCUUGACUUAUUCCAUGUUUUGUUGUGUUACAGCCUGAAUUCUAAAUGUAUUAAAUUAUAACAAAUGUUCAUCCAUCUACACAUAAUACCCCAUAAUGACAAAGUGAAAACAUGUUUCUAGAAAUUUUUGCAAAUGUAUUGAAAAUAAAAUACAUAAAUAACCAUUGACACAAGUAUUCGCACCCCUUAGUUAAUUCUUUGUAGAAGCAACUUUGGCAAUGAUUACAGCUAUGAGUCUUUCUGGGUAAGUCUCUAAGAGCUUUCCAGACCUGGAUUGUGCAAUAUUUUACAAUUCUUCAAGCUCUGUCAAAUUGGUUGUUGAUUAUAGGCAACAAUUUUCAGGUCUUACCAUACAUUUUCAAGUAGAGUUAAGUCAAAACCAUAACUUGACCAGGAACAUUCACAUCUGGUUGGUAAGCAACUCCAGUGUAGAUUUGGUCUUGUGUUUUAGGUUAUUGUCCUGCUGAAAUGUGAAUUAAUCUCCCAGUGUCUGUCGGAAAGCAGACUGAAACAAGUUUUCCUCUAGGGUUUUGCCUGUGCUUAGAUCUAUUCCAUUUAUUUUUAAUCCUGAAAAACUCCCCAGUCCUGAACGAUUACAAGCAUACCCAUAACAUGAUGCAGCCACCACUAUGCUUGAAAAUAUGGAGAGUGGUACUCAGUAAUGUGCUGUAUUGGAUUUGCUCCAAACAUAACACUUUAUAUUUAGGACAACAAGUUAAUUGCUUUGCCACAUUUUUUGCAGUAUUACUUUAGUUCCUUGUUCCAAAGAGGAUUCAUGUUUUGGAAUAUUUUUAUUCUGUACAGGCUUCCUUCUUUUCACUCUGUCAAUUAGAUAUGCAUUGUGGUGUAACUACAAUGUUGUUGAUCCAUCCUCAAUUUUCUCCUGUCACAGCCAAAUUCACUGCUUGACUGUGAGGGACCUUACAGAUAAUUGUAUGUGUCGGGAACAGAGAUGAGGUAGUCAUUCAAAAAUCAUGUUAAACGCUUUUAUUGCACACAAUAAAGUCCAUGCAACUUAUGUGACUUUUUAAGCAAAAUUGUACUCCUGAACUUAUUUUAACUUGCCAUAACAAAGGGGUUGAAUAUCGAUUGACUUAAGACAUUUCAGCUUUUCAUUUUUAAUUAAUUUGACAUUAUUGGGUAUUGUGUGUAGGCCAGUGACAAAAAAUCUAACUGUAAUAAAUGUUUUAUUCAGACUGUAACACAACAAAUGUAGAAUAAGUCAGGUGGUGUGAAUACUUUCUGAAGGCUCUGUAUAUGUAUCUAUUUUUCUAGCUUCUAUUUGACCCUUUAUUAGUGUUACUAAAAUGUUACUGCUGUUUUAAUGUCACAACAAGGAUAAUAUGACAUAUUGUCAUAUAGUUGAUGAAGAUCAAUAGAUAUUGUUGUUACGGUACACAGCAUCCUUAUAGUGGGCCCGUAUAAUUGACUUUGAAAGUGGUUACAUAGGUAGAAGGAGAGAGUGAGGUUGACCAAUGGAUUCUCUUUGAAAGAAGAUUCCUUGAAACAUACAGCUACUAUACCAAAGAAACCAAAGAAAAGUUAGACUAAUUCAUUUGUUUAGUCUUUUUUUCCUUUUUUCCUGUUUUCCUGUGAAAUAAGUACAUUGAGUACAUUUCCUUAAAGCUGGAGUCCUUAGUUGUUACAUCCAUUUUUGGACUUAGAAAUUAAUGAUAUAUACCCAUUGAUUCUUGAAGAAUAUAACUUAGAAAUGAAUCAUGAGCUUAGUUCAAAUGUCAUACCAUAUCAGAACCCAAAAUAUAAGCUUGUUUUACUCCAAUAUUUGUAAACAAUGUAAAUGUAAACAAACACUGUAUAGCCUCCAAACAUGGGUAAAACUGAUAAUGUUGAUAUCAUGGGUGGUCAGUCUUUGCAUCCACAGCUCUGUCUAUGAAUUUAAGAGUGGUUACAUUUCUCCAGGCCCAUAUCUCAGCUUUAUACCAAAACAGAGGUGGGGUGACCUCUUUGUUAUGGUUUCAAUUCAGGAUUCUAGCUUUGUGUUAUUGUUUUGAUUUCAGAAAAAUGUUUCAAUGAUUUACCUGAGACAUGAAUUCCCAGCAAAGAAAUGUGCUUUAUGAGCCUUUAUAUGUAUACUGAACAAAAAUAUAAAUGCAACAUGCAACAAUUUCAAAGAUUUUACUGAGUUACAGUGUAUAUAAGGAAAUCAGUCAAUUGAAAGAAAUUCAUUACGCCCUAAUCUAUGGAUUUCACAUGACUGAGCAGGGGCACAGCCAUGGGUGGGCCUAGGAGGGCAUGGGCCCAUCCACUUGGGAGUCAGGUCCACCCACUGGGGAGCCAAGCACAGACAAUCAGAAUUCGUUUUUUUUCCCACAAAAAAGGGCUUUAUUACAGACAGAAAUACUCCUCAGGCCUCAGCGGCUUAUGGUAGAGAAACUAACAUUCAAUUCUCUGGCAACAGCUCUGUUGGACAUUCAUGCAGUCAGCAUGCCAAUUGCAUGCUCCCUCAAAACUUGAGACAUCUGUGGCAUUGUGUUGUGACAAAACUGUACAUUUUAGAGUGGCCUGUCAGGUGGAUGGAUUAUUUUAGCAAAGGAGAAAAGCUCACUAACAGGGAUGUAAAAAAAUGUGUGUACAAAAUUUGAGAGAAAUAAGCUUUUUGUGCGUAUCGAACAUUUCUGCGAUUUUUUAUUUCAGCUCAUGAAACAUGGGACCAUGCUUAGGGAAUGUGACUUUGGGAAAGAGGUCAUCUUAAUGGGAGAUUUUAACAUGAAUUAUGAAGACAAGUUUAGUAGGAAAACCCUCAAAUGGAUCACUAAUACCUUUGACCUUACACAGCUAGUUAAAGGGCCAACCAGGGUGACUUGUUGAAUACCUAAGAAUACCUAAGAGUGAAUUAAGCUAUUUUGAAAACGCAAUUAAGGGAAUUAACUGGAAUGAUCGCUUGUCCUAUACAGAGGUGGAAGCUGAUAGUCAAGUUUUUCUAUCCACAAUCCAGACUACAAUAAAUAGUUUGCUAAAGAAAACCAAGUCCAAACCUAGCCAAAAGAGCACUCUUCCUUGGCUAAAUGGAGAAAUCUGGAAACUGAUGAAAGAACGAGAUUAUGCUCUACAAAUUGCCCUAAGAUCCAAAUUAGAGCAUGACAGACGUAGGUUUACCAUGUUGAGAAAUAAGACAGGCCAAGGCAAACUUUUUUAUUAACAUAAUUGGUGAAGCAAAGGGAAAUUCUAAACUGAUCUAGGAGAAUCUAAAAAAGUUAACAGGGAAAUACCAUAGUAACACUACAAAAAGACAAGAAAUCAUGGCGAAUAACAUUCUAACACAGGAUGCAGUCUAAAUAGCAAUAGCCUUCAAUUCCUACUUUAUUGACUCUGUCAGGGUACUGACACAGAACCCCUCCACUGGUUUCUUGGGCUCAGUGCUAGUGAAUGACGCUCAACCUGUCUUCAUCAUAAGGGAGGUUUCUGAGUCAGAGGUGAACAGGGUAAUUAGCACACUAAAUAACUCUAAAGCCAAAGAUGUGUUUGGGCUGGACUCUACCUUUCUUAAAAACUACAGAGAGUCACUCAUUGGCCCCAUUACUAAGGUCACCAACACAUCUAUUGGUCUCGGGGUGUUUCCAAGGGUAUGGAAGUCGGCCAUAAUAGCGGCCAUCUUUAAAUCAGGCGGCCCUGCUGACGUGAGUAACUAUAGGCCCAUUAGUAUACUACCUGUGGUGUCAACAACUGAUUGCCCACCUCAACAACAGCACCUUCAUAUUACACUCCAUGCAGUUUGGCUUCAGAGCGAAACACUCCACAAAAACGGCCAACUGCUUUCUUCUGGAAAAUGUGAAGUCCAAAAUGGACAAAGGGGGCGUUGUUGGGGCUGUGUUUCUGGACCUAAGGAAGGCUUAUGAUACUGUUAACUAUGAGAUUCUCAUCACACAAUUGUCCAAGUUAAACUUUUCCCCUGAUGCCUUGAGAUGAAUGAAAUCAUACCUUGAAGGCAGAACUCAGUGUGUCAGAGUGAGCAAUGAGCUGUCGCCCACUCUUAGCUAUGAUGUGGGCGUGCCCCAAGGGUCAAUACUGGGGCCCCUCCUGUUCAGCCUGUAUAUUAAUGAUCUGCCUUCUGUCUGUACUGGGUCUGAAGUUCAAAUGUAUGCAGAUGAUACAGUGAUAUAUGUGCAUGCAAAGAGCAAACAACAAGCUGCACAAGAACUCACUACUGUAAUGGUCCAGGUUACAAAGUGGCUCAGUGACUCGUGUUUGCAUCUCAAUGUGAAAAAACUGUGGGCCUCACAAAGAGGGCAACAGAUGUUACUGAGCCAGAUGUCUAUGUGUCAGGGGGUAAGCUCCAGGUGGUAUCUGAUUUUAAGUACCUUUGCAUCAUACUCUCUUUUAAAAAGCAUGUGAAAAAGGUAAUUCAAAUAACCAAAUUCAACCUAGCUAAUUUCCGAUUUAUAUGAAAUUGUUUGACUACAGAGGAAGUUUGCCUGUACUUCAAAUCUAUGAUACUCCCCCACUUAACAUACUGCUUGACUAGUUUGGCCCAAGCUUGCUGUACAACAUUAAGACCUAUUCAGUCAGUCCAUAAACAGGCUCUCAAAGUGCUUGAUAGGAAGCCCAAUAGCCAUCAUCACUGUUACGUCCUCAGAAAGCAUGAGCUCCUGAGUUGGGAAAAUCUUGUGCAAUACACCGACGCAUGUCUUGUAUUCAAGAUCCUUAAUGGCCUGGCUCCCCCUCCACUCAGUAUUUUUGUUAAACAGAAAACCCAAACAUAUGGCAGCAGAUCCACAAGGUCCGCCAUGAGAAGUGACUGUAUAGAUCCCUUAAGGAAAAGCACCUUUAGUAAAUCCGUUUUCUCUGUGAGAGCUUCCCAUGUCUGGAAUACACUGCCAUCAGACACACAUAACUGCACCACAUAUCACACUUUCACAAAUGCUUGAAGACAUGGCUAAAGGUCAAUCAGAUUUGUGAACAUGGUCCCUAGCUGUGUGUUGCCGCUUUCCAUGUUGUCUGUUGUCUGUAGCUUGUGAGGUGUGGAAACACUUUGUUGCUUUUAUGAAUGUUGUCUUGCUGCUUUUUGCUCUAUGUUGCUAUGUCUGUUUGCUAUGUCUUGCCUGUCCUAUGUUGCUCUGUCUGUAUGUUACGUCUUGCUUGUCCUAUGUUGCUCUGUCUG